AUGCAGUCCUCCCUUCUCGACCAUUGGAAGUCCCUCCCACUAGACAAGUAUGACGAAACUACAGACCCCGACGAGCAUGUCGACAUUUUCCUCACCCAGGUCACCCUCAGCACCACUGACGACGCUGCCCUAUGUCGCAUCUUUCCAACGUCUUUGAGAGUAAGAGCGUUGAGCUGGUUCACACGUCUCCCGGCCAAGUCGAUCGACUCUUUCAACCCCUUAGCAUCCCAAUUCACCAUCCAGUUCGCCACCAACCAGCCUCACCAACUAACCUCCCUCGCAUUGGUGAGCAUAAGACAAGAGAAGAAGGAAUCUCUCCGGACCUUCAUGAGCCGAUUCAACAAAGCGGCACUGGAAAUCCGAGACCUAAAUCUGGUCGUCGCCCUUCACCAUCUGACUACAGCUCUGAAGUCAGGACCGUUUGCUAACAGCAUAUGCAAAAAAAACCCCAUCUGA